GAGUUAAUUAUUGAAAUUAGAAUUUUAAAUUAAUAAUUAAGGUUCAGUGGAAAGAGAGAGAGAAGAGAGCUAAAACAAGAGUUAACAGCAGAAUCUUAGCUGGAUGCAAAAGACGAAGAAGACGAAGAAGAAGCUCAUCUCCAUUCUCCAUUCUCCAUUCUCCAUUCUCCAUUCUCAACUAAACACACUUUUCUUUCAGUCUAUUUCAUUUAUUCACUCUCUCUCUCUCUUCUUUCUCUCUCUAACACACACUCACAGUCCCUACCAAAUCAUAUCUGCCAUUACUGUGCUUCAUCUUCUCAACCCCCCAUUUCUCAAUCUCAAGCUAGAGAGCGAGACUAACAAUGCCCACACUCUCUUUCUUCUUGUUUUACUUGUUAUCGUUUUCUUUACUCUCUUUCCGUACCAGUACUGAGAAAACCACCACCAUUCUCGUUUCACCGCGUCGGAGUAGGAUUCUUCACCAACCUUUUCUACCUCUAGACUCCAUCCCACCGUCGGAACCGCCGACCCCAUUAAUAUCGAAUUCGAAUUUGAAUCCUAAAUACCCAUUUUCUACUACCCCUACUCCUCCUUCUGACGCUCCAUUUUUCCCAACUUUCGUUGCUCCACCACCGCCUCCUUCUCCGGCUACUUUCGCUUCUUUUCCGGCUAAUAUAUCUUCCCUGAUCUUGCCUCGUACUCCUUCCCCAAAACCAGCUUCUCACAAGCUCGUUGCUUUAUCUAUCGCUGCUGUCGUUUCUGCUCUGUUCGUACUCGCCAUUGUCGUUUUCUUUUACUGUCGCCGGAGACGUAACCGUGAUUUCCCCGAUGAUAAGACUUACAGAUCGGAGAAUAGUAAUAGGUUGUUUCCGGCGAAUCUUGAACCGAAUGUGAUUACCGCAACAACUACGACUACCUCGUGUAAUAAUAAUAGAGCUCAUAAGCUGAGAACUACUUCUACUAGCUCCGAGUUUCUUUAUUUGGGUACUCUGGUUGAUUCGAGGAGAAUCGAAGAAGGUGGUGACUCGCGUAACAAUGGCGGUGCUCGGAAAAUGGAGUCUCCUGAGCUUCACCCGCUUCCACCGCUUGCUAGACAGAGUUUGGGGUUAAAUGGCGAAGUGGGCUCUACUGCUGAUGAAGAAGAGGAAGAGUUUUACUCUCCUAGAGGCUCCAUUGGUAAUGGAUCGGGUUCGAGGAGAGCUUUCGCCGCCGUGGCCUCUGAAACUUUUCCGGUUAGAACCAGUGGCUCAAGUUCAUGUUCAUGCUCAUCGUCUAGUUCAGCUUCUCCUGAUCGUUCACACUCAAUUGGGUCGAGUCCUUUAAGACCAGAAUCGUUCAAGUCGCCUGAGUAUUCAGAUUUGCCGGCUACUCCUUCUCCUCCGCCAGAAUUGCAUAAUACGAAUGUUCUUUCGUCUGAGUAUUCAGAUUUGCCGGCUACUCCUUCCCCUCCGCCAGAAUUACAUAAUACGAAUGUUCUUUCGCCUUCGUUGUCGCCGGAGAGAGUAUCCAAUGUGGAGAAGGAGAAGAAUGUACUGUCUCCUUCGUUGUCUCCUCUGUCUAAUGUUCCAGAUAUAGCGGUGAAAGAAUACCCAGAUGGGUUUGACGGAAUUAGACAGUCUUCACUACUUUCUUCGACUUCUUCGUCGCCAGUGAGAGGUUUGGAGAAAAACCCAGAAGCUGAAUCGGUUGUUUAUGGUCGAAAGGAACAAUCUUGUUCAUCGUCUUUAUACUCAUCGUCACCGGAAAGAGUUGUUGAGAAUUACACAGAAGAAUCUCCUAAAAACCCAGAUGAUGUUUUGGCUUCAGUUUCACUUGCGUUUGAUUUGAAUCCACAUAUGGGAUCUCUGUCUCCAUCUUUAUCUCCGGUGAGAGGUGUGGAGAAUAAUAAUCAAGAUGGUUCAGAUCGAAAACGUUUGUCUCCAUCACCAUCUUUAUCUUCUUUAUCAUUAUCAGAAUCUGAGGACGAAGAAGAAGUAAUGGAGAAUUAUACAAAGAAUUCUUCAAAAUUAUCAAACUCAGGUUCUGAUGAUAAUAAUAGUCGAGUUACUUCAGCUUCAACUUCGGUUUCUUCCUCUCCAGAGAGAGAAUUACCAAAGAGCCCAGAUGCAUCACCAUCAUCAUCAUCAUCAUCACCAAGAAGUUCUAAUGCUUCAGAUGGUUUGUUAUACGAUUUGGAUCUUACUAGGCAACGGUCUCUUUCUUCUUCUCCACCCACUUCAUCACCAGAGAGAGAUAUUCUUCACAAUUCAGAUGAAUCACCAAGAACAUCCAAUGACUCUGACAAAAAGGUUGAGUCUUUAGUGGGAACAAUCAGUAAUCUUAAGCAGCAACAGCCUCUUACAGCUCCUCCUCCACCGCCGCCACCGUUGCCGCCGCCGCCUCCGUUUUCUAUUAGACAGUUGGAAACUCCAAUUCUUGCAACCCCAACUGGCCAACCUAUCUCUAAACCACCUGUUCUUACACCACCUUCAAGGCCUUUUGUGUUUCAAAACACUUCAAAUGUUUCCAUUUCUCCAAUGGAGUUGCCACCAAUUUCUAGCUUAGUGGACAAUGAAGAAGACACCCCGAAACCAAAGUUGAAGCCUUUACAUUGGGAUAAAGUUAGAGCUAGCUCUGAUCGUGAAAUGGUGUGGGAUCAACUAAGAUCAAGCUCAUUUAAGUUGAAUGAAGAAAUGAUUGAGACAUUGUUUGUUGUGAACACCCCUAAUUCAAGACCAAAGGAAUCAACUCCAAGAUCUGUUCUUCCUUCUCCAAAUUCAGAGAAUAGAGUUCUUGAUCCUAAGAAAUCACAAAAUAUUGCUAUUUCAUUAAGAGCACUCAAUGUGACAAUUGAGGAAGUAUGUGAAGCCCUUAUAGAAGGCAAUGCAGAUGCACUCGGGAAUGAGCUGCUUGAAAGUUUAUUGAAGAUGGCUCCAACAAAAGAAGAGGAACGUAAACUGAAGGAGUACAACGAUAAUUCGCCAGUCAAGCUUGGUCCCGCCGAGAAAUUUCUCAAGGCUGUGCUUGAUGUACCCUUUGCAUUUAAAAGGGUCGAUGCAAUGCUUUACAUUGCUAAUUUUGACACUGAGGUUGAUUACCUCAAGAAGUCUUUUGAUACUUUAGAGGCUGCCUGUGAAGAAUUGAGAAACAGUAGAAUGUUUAUGAAGCUCUUAGAAGCUGUACUAAAAACUGGAAACAGAAUGAAUGUUGGUACCAACCGUGGUGAGGCUCACGCUUUCAAGCUCGAUACACUUCUCAAAUUGGUUGAUGUAAAGGGAGCCGAUGGUAAAACAACACUACUGCAUUUCGUUGUACAAGAAAUCAUAAGGACUGAAGGUGCUCGUUACUCUGGUUCUAACCAGACACCGAGCUCUACCUCGAGUGAUGAUGCCAAGUGCAGGAAACUUGGCCUACAAGUCGUUUCUAGUCUCAGUUCUGAGCUAGCCAAUGUGAAGAAAUCUGCCACCAUGGAUUCUGAUGUUCUUAGCAGCGAUGUCUCCAAACUUUCUAGAGGAAUUAGCAACAUAAGGGAAGUAAUGCGACUAAAUGGGACUGCAGGAUCAGAUGAAACUUGCCUAAAGUUUUCUGAAUCAAUGGAAAGAUUCAUGAAAAUGGCUGAGGAGGAAAUAUACAGAAUUCAAGCUCAAGAAAGCGUUGCCUUAUCGCUUGUUAAGGAGAUCACCGAGUAUUUCCAUGGAAACUCUGCGAAAGAAGAAGCGCACCCUUUCAGAAUCUUUACAGUGGUUCGGGAUUUUCUUACUGUCUUAGAUAGAGUCUGCAAGGAAGUAGGCAUGAUCAAUGAAAGAACAAUAGUUAGUUCUGCUCAUAAAUUCCCAGUUCCGGUGAAUCCAUUGCUGGCUCAAGUUUUACCUGUGCCGGUACCACCCAAUAUGCGACACAACAGCUCAUCCGACGACGAGUGCACAUCUCCUUAGGAUUUGUGGCUCAUUUCAUGUUAACAUUUUUGUUGCACUUAGCAAGAAACUGCCUGAAAUCUGAGGUAGUAAAAAGAUGUUGAAUGUCUAAGUCUAUAUAUAUAAAAAUAUAAAUAUUAUAUAUUGUCUUUUUGCUUAUAAGAUUUGUACAUGUACAAAAGUCCCAUGUAAAAGAUUUGAGUUGCUUCUAUAGAUAAUAUACAGAACAGAUUUUGUUUUGGUAGAAA